CUCUCUGCAGGAGAUGCUAGACUGACAGACACUCAUCCUCUCUGUCUGUCUGUCCGUCUCUCUCACCAGGAUAAGGUUUACUGUUGAUAGGUGACGGACUUUCCCAGUCCUCGACCUUGUCUCUAUCCAGGUGAUGUGCCUCUGUGGCUGGCUGUGGCUGCUCUGCUGCCUCCCUAUCCCUGGGUGUGUCUGGGGUCAGUCUGGAGGUGGAGGGGGGGCCUGUCGGCUGAUGGCUAACCCCAUCUCGGGCAGUGUUUAUCGGGCAGGAGAUGUGGUCAUUGGAGGCCUGUUCCCCGUCCAUGUGGAAGCCCCUCUACCAGAGCAGGAGUUCCGGAGUAUUGAGGGAAAUGUGACAUGCACAAUUUUCUACCAGCGUGCUUACCGCUGGCUCCAGACUAUGAUCUUUGCGGUGGAGGAGAUUAACCGCGACCCAUUCCUCCUUCCUAACCUCACCCUGGGGUUCCUGGCUGCUGACACAUGCCUGGCAGAGGGUACCACUCUGGGGGCAGCCCUAGCCAUGGUGACAGGCCAGGAUGCCUCUGUGGCAGGCACAGAGUGUGGAGCAACCCCUGAGGUGCCCGUCAUCAUCGGUGAUGCCCGCUCCUCAGCCUCCAUCGUGGUGGCACAAACCCUCGGGCCGUUUGAUUUACCCAUGGUGAGUUAUUUUGCCUCCUGUGCCUGUUUGAGUGACAACUGGAGGUACCCGUCGUUCUUCCGUACGAUACCCAGCGAUGCCUUCCAGGCUCGGGGCAUGGCCAGGCUGCUGCAUCAGCUGGGCUGGGAGUGGGUGGGGCUGGUGUCAGGGGAUGAUGACUAUGGAAAGUUUGGGGUUCAGAUGCUUCUCCAAGAUCUCCAAGGAUCUGGGGUUUGUGUCGCCUACGCAGAGGUCAUCCCCAAGGUACCAUCUCAGAGACGGAUGAAGCACAUCGUGGACACCAUCAGAGGAUCUACUGCCAAAGUGGUGGUGACAUUCGCUAUCUCUCAGGAUGCACGGGCCCUGAUGGAAGAGGUUGUCCGUCAGAACAUAACAGACAGGCAGUGGAUCGCCUCGGAAGCCUGGGUCACCUACUCUACUCUCUCUUCCCCAAAAAACCUGCCCUCUCUUGCCGGGACUAUUGGAUUUGCCCUGAAGAAAGCUGUCAUUCCCAGCCUGGGCCCUUUCCUAACACGCCUACGUCCUGAUGAGGACUACCAGAAAUCCGACCCCUUCCUGAGGGAAUUGUGGGAGGAGAUUUUUGGGUGUUCCCUGGGGAUUGACCUUAGCAUGACCCCGUCGUCCCGGCGACAGUGUACUGGUUCAGAGGUCAUAGGUGAGGGGGAGAGCCAGUAUGCUGACGUGUCUCAGCUGAGAGCCAGCUACAAUGUGUACAAGGCUGUUUACGCCAUCGCCCACGCCAUUCAGGACAUGGUGGCCUGUCCACCAGGGGAGGGACCCUUUAAUAGUGGACAGUGCCCUGAUGUCAGGAAGCUUCAGCCCAGCCAGAUUGCUCAUUAUCUGAGGAGAGUGAACUUCAGUACUCCUGUGGGGGAUUUGAUCCACUUCGACAUGAAUGGUAAUCCGCCUGCCUCUUAUGACAUCAUCAACUGGCAUGUGACCCACGAGGGGACAGCAGAGUUUGUCCAGGUCGGCCAUUUUCUGUCUUCAGUGGGAGUGGACGACCAGUUUCACAUCAAUAUGGAGAAGGUGGUGUGGGGAGGGGGCAGCGGAGAUGAGGUCCCUGUGUCUAUAUGCAGUGCUGCCUGCCCCCCUGGUACCAGACAUGCGGUACAGAAGGGGAGGCCCGUUUGCUGCUUCGACUGUCUGUCCUGCGCUGAGGGAGAGAUCAGCAACACAACAGGGUCAGUUGAGUGUAGCAGGUGUCCAGAGCGGUUCUGGUCCAACCCAGAUCGUACGGCCUGCGUCCCACAGCUAGUGGACUUCCUCUCCUACAGCGACACCAUGGGCGUCAUCCUGUCCGUCAUAUCAGUUUCCGGGGCAACGCUCACAGCUGGUGCCCUGGCCACCUUCUUCUACCACCGCCAUACGCCGCUGGUGAAAGCCAACAACUCUGAGCUCAGCUUCCUGCUCCUGCUGUCACUCAAGCUCUGCUUCCUGUGUGCACUGGUUUUCAUUGGCCGGCCAAAGCCAUGGACUUGCAUGCUGAGACACACCCUGUUUGGUAUAAGCUUUGUGUUCUGCAUCUCCUGUCUGCUCAGCAGGACUGUGGUGGUGCUGGUGGCCUUCAGGGCCACUCUGCCUGGAGAGAACCUGAUGAGAUACUUCAGCCCAGCUCAGCAAAGGAUGGGCAUCUCCAUCUGCACACUCAUCCAGGUGCUGAUCUGUGUGCUGUGGCUGGCCCUAGCUCCACCCCGGCCGGCUGAGCGGGGCGGCAGAGAGGGUCGGGGGCCGAGGGUGGUCCUGGAGUGUGAGGUUGGCUCUGUGGUCGGCUUCUCUUUGGUGCUGGGCUACAUUGGCUUGCUGGCCUCUCUCUGUCUCCUCUUAGCCUUCCUGGCCAGGAAACUCCCUGACAACUUCAACGAGGCCAAGUUCAUCACCUUCAGCAUGCUGAUCUUCUGUGCUGUAUGGAUCUCCUUCGUCCCUGCCUACGUCAGCUCUCCUGGGAAGUACACAGUAGCUGUGGAGAUAUUCGCAAUCUUAGCAUCCAGCUUUGGGCUGCUGUUCUGUCUGUUUGCUCCAAAGUGUUUCAUCAUCCUCCUGAGACCAGAGAGAAACACCAAGAAACACAUGAUGUCCAAAUAGAAAUCACCAAGAAACAGAUGGUGGUCAAGUUGGAAACAAAAAGAAACACCUCUAUUGACCACAGGAGUGUGUUGUUGUGCCUCCUCAAAGUCAGUUGUUGUAAUUAAAGAUCCUCCAUCUUACAUUGAUCCUCACUCAGCUUGUCCUCUUAAGACCUCUGUCAGCUCAUUGUAGUGUUUAACAGGUAUCCUAAUAGAAUCGAAUGAAACGAGAGUGUUCUCUCACUGCAGGCCCACAAGCUUUCAUUCUCCUCUUCUUUCAGUGCUCAGUCAGAAAUCAAACCCCUGUCUGCUCCCUAGCCCCCUAGCCCCCUAGCCCCUAGCCCCUGGCCCCUAGCUCCUAGCCCCUAGCCCCUGAUGUGAUGGGUUUAGGAAACAUAGCAGUAACUUCACCCAGCUCUCUGGUAGGAUAUCUCUUCUCACAGAGCCCUCUAACAGGGAGAUAGGAUCAGAGAGAGGCUGAGAGAGGCUAGAGGCCUGGUAAGGCUAUAUAGAAUGUAGCCCUGCAGGCUAACACUGGCCAGAGUGAUGAGAGAGUCCAGAGUGAUGAGAGAGACCAGAGUGAUGAGAGAGACCAGAGUGAUGAGAGGGGCCAGAGUGAUGAGAGGGGCCAGAGU